CUCGGUCCUAUACCUGAGGCGAGGCAAAAUUAAGAUGGAAUUAGGGAAGCAUGUGUCCCGUCCUGUAGGUGGUUCCCGCUCCAUUGCGAUAGAGCGGGAAAGCGGGACUGGGCACCUCGAGGGCCCUGUUGAUAACAGCAACACCCACCUACCUACCUACAUAAUAACGGGCGUGAACCUGCUCCCUCGACGCCCAACCUUCCAUCCCUUCGAGCUCGACAUCUCGCUAGUAUACUCUCUAAUGUCAACUGGUUGACUUUUGAAUAUCUUACAAGAUCCUCAACCGCCGGCACUUACAAAUUCACUGCCGCCCACUUUGGCAAAUCGGAGAGCAACUUCCAAGUCAGGCCGUUCGGGAAAGUGCGUACAUGCGUGGAACGCGGUAGUACGCCGCGGCCUUGGAUUGCUCGUGCUCUGCAAUUUCCAUAACGAAUCGCCUUCCACCUCCGUCAUUCGCACACCACACCCACUCUACAGUACACCACAUCGGUUCAAACCGCUCCCGAACCCAGCAUCCAUCUACUGCCACAACCCGCAUAAGGCCAACUAUAGCUGCUGCUUCUUCUUCUCUAGCCAGACAGCUUCCACACAACAAAAAACUUUCUUGGACAGCAUCACAUCAGCGACACACCUCGGUCCCGCCUGAUACUCCUCGGAUAUCGAUCAGUUCCGGGAGGCCAGGUUCCUUGGGCAACAGCAAGCCAACCCAGUCCCCUGGGGCAUUACCGGCGUUUACUCCGACCAACAUACACCCCUCCGCCCUUCCUACUCAGUCGCUCAAAUACUUCUCACACUAUGACCAACCCAAACCCAUUUCCACGCCGGAUGUCUUCAUUUGCCUCGGCCAAUAACGGCUCUCGUCCCGUUCGAUCUGCCGGCUUCUCCCACUUGCUGAACCCAUCCCCCGACAGUGGCAGCCAUGGGAGUGGCGCGAGCUCGCACACCGGCGCGCCCUUCUCCUCACUCGAUGCUGGCGCCGCACACUUAGGGAAUGCUCCUCAUGGGCUGGACGAGGGGCGCGGGUCGCAUCGGACGUCUGGUGCUGACUUGCCGUCUUUCUCUCGCGCCUUUGACAUGUUCACGAGCAAGGAGCCGUUACUGGCGGGGCUGAAUACGACGUACAGCGGAGUUGGAUCCUCGGCCAGUGUCAGCAAGACAGGUUUUCUUUCGCCUUCGUAUCUGCGAGGAUCCGGUUAUCUAGGAAAGCUCGCAGAACAACACAAGGCCAAGCUCAUGGCUGACAGAGAAACUACAAUGUCCAAGGGGCCAUCUGGAACGGUCUUUGCCGGGAAUACAGGGAACACGGAAAGCAGGUCUGUGACGCUUCACACAAAGCUUCCAUCCGGCAUACACAGAGGUGUGGCGUUGAAUUUGAUAGAGCGUCCCCCUGCAUCAGCUGAAUUCGAAGAUGCCGUUAGCCCGCUCCCUACUCGAUGGAACAGUGACGACAAGGACCAUACUGUGGAGGUGUUUGGCGAUGGUUACGAAGUAAAAUACACAGGCUCAAAGGGAUCAGAACAUGAAGCCGGCGCGAUACGAGCGGAUAAUCCCAUGCCCAUGCAGUGUGGUGUAUACUACUUUGAGGUCAUGGUAUUCAGCAAGAAGCGAGAAGAUAAUAUCAUCGCUAUCGGUUUCGAAACCCGAAAGGCACAAUUGUCGAGGUUCCCGGGCUGGGAGGGGGAGUCUUGGGCCUAUCAUGGUAAUGACGGAAAAAUCUUUGCCUCAGGGAGCAAUUCGGGCAGAUCAUAUGGCCCGACGUACGGUGCCGGCGACACAGUGGGCUGCCUAGUGAACUUUCGGACAAAUCAGGUCUUGUUCACGAAAAAUGGCGAGGAACUAGAGAUUGCCUUCAAGGACCCGAGCUUCAGAGAUCCUACCAAGAGUUUUUAUCCUGCCGUCGGGCUAAAAAGGCCCGGAGACCACAUUUGGGUCAAUUUUGGUCAAAUUCCCUUCCAGUACGACAUCGACGGUUACAUGAAGAAACAACAAAAGAUGGUCACAGACAAGAUCAGAAGCACGGAUACUGCUAAUCUCGCGCCCCCUCUAAACGAUACCGAGCUCAUUCAGCAACUGGUUUUGCAAUUUCUUCAACACGAUGGUUAUGUGGGAACUGCCCGUGCCUUUGCCGAAGAGAUACAUAUGGAAAAGCAGGCUCUCAACAUGGACGCCGACGUUCCCGUUGAGGGCGUCAAUAUCAAGGAUGACGAAGAUGCGAAUAACAGGCAACAGAUUCGCCGUGCCAUCCUCGAAGGCGACAUCGACCAGGCUCUCAUCUACACCAAUCAAUUCUACCCCAAGGUGCUGGAGGAGAACGGUCAGGUAUACUUCCGGCUGCGCUGUCGCAAGUUCAUCGAGAUGAUUCGAAGGGAGGCCGAAAUGAACAGUUCACUACAAGAAGCCGGAGUGAAAGCUAAGAGCACAUCUCAGGGUCGACACCAUACUGGCAAUGACACGCAACGAACGUAUAGUCAGAACCCAGGCGGAGAGGACGAAAUGAUGACGGAAGGCGAAGAAGAGAUGAUGGACACCGAAGAGGAUGGUAGCGAGCUGAGGACAGGCGAUCCCGAGGACGAAACCAUGGCGAUGCGCGCUGCCGGAGUAAGCGAGCUAUGUCAGGAUGCCCUGGAAUAUGGCCAAGAGCUUCGUGAUGAAUUCAAGAACGACCCAAGUCACGAAGUCAGCAAACACCUUAACGAAAUUUUCGCGCUCAUGGCGUAUCCAAACCCUCUUGAAGUCAAGGAAGUCGCGCACCUCCUGGAUGGAAAGGGGCGCGUUGCUGUGGCUGAGGAAUUGAAUUCCGCCAUAUUGACGUCCCUGGGGAAGUCUUCUCGCGCAGCCUUAGAGAACCUCUACGCCCAAACAACGGUCCUCCUCGAAGAUCUUAGGAAGGACGGAGGCGACGGCGCGUUUGUCACGAUCCAAAACAUUCUUGACGACAUACCCAAGGCACAGGUAAAUUAGGAUUUGGAAAGUACUUACAAGGCAGUUUAUCGGUACACGGAUCAGAUGCGGAAACAGAUGCAGGAGCAGUAUCCUAUUCUUCAGGGUCUGGAACCGGAACUAUGGUAUCAAUUUCGGGAUCCGCUUUUUGCACAGGGUAUCAUGGAAUUGAACCCGGAUAUGGAUCUGGAUGUGGAUGUGCCCGACCUUAAUCGGACUCUUUUCUGAAUGGUUAAGGGGGAGUUUUGACGAAGUGGUAUACACCAGAGGAUAAGCAUGGCAAGACAGAAGAAAAUGAGACAAAGGCUAGGAAGGAAGAAGAAGAAAAAGAAGGGGCCAAGAGCUCGAAUGACAUCAGCAAAGAGAUUAUAAUUAGGUAUGGGGUCGGCAUGGGUUUCCACGACAAGCGCAACCACGUACGCACGCUGUGGUGGUAUCGUUUCGAUCGUCGGGUAUUUGGUAUGGCUAGGAAUACAUGGCAUGCAUAAAUGGAUGCAGCGUUGAGCGUUGAAGAACAUGCAUGUAAGGAUUGGGACUGAGAUUGGGUUGGUUCUUAUAAAUCGAGUAGAGCACUAGGCUAGGCAUCAUCAUCAUCAUCAGCAGCAGCAGCAGCAUCAUCGUUAGCUUCGCUGAUUAACUCGCAUGGAAG